AUGGCAGCCACGGUCGCGUCGGGCGCCCAGUGCCGGCCCCCAGCAUACCAGGCAGUUCGCCCAAGCAGCAGCGGCGGCAGCAGGAGGCGGUGCGCGCCGCUGGGCGCCGCCGCCGCCGCCGCCAUGCGGCCGCCAGCGAAGCAGGCGGGGGCGACCGUGCAGCUGAGCCGCAGCCGCAGCCACCAGCAGCGGCGCAGGUGCCGCCAGGCAGCUGCCCUGGCUGAGGCAGUGCCAGAGGUGGCGGCCGUGGUGCCCGAGGCCGUGCCCCUGCCAGAGCUGGCGCCGCUCGACGAAAACUACGAGUCCGCCUGCGCCUUUGCCGACUUCGCCAACUGGCUGGUGCCUGGACGCGUCAUGCUGGGGCGCUACCCCUUUGUGGAGCCCAGCCGGUGCCGGUCGCGGGAUGUCGGGGAGGAGCAGCUGCGGCGCCUGCUCAAGGCGGGGGUCACCACCUUUGUCUGCCUGCAGGCCGAGAUCCCGGAGCAGGGCGCGAUGCGCAUCUGCGGGGUGGACGGCUUUGUGCCGUACCGCGCCCCCGCCACCCUGCUGGCCUCUGCCCUGUCGCCGCCGCCCAGCAUGGAGGAGGUGGCGGCGCUGCGCACGCCCGAGCUCGACCGCUACCUGCCCCCCAGGAGGCACCGGGCCGCCUGGCAGAGUCGCGCGCGCAUCCAGCUCGACUUCUGCCACUUUCCAAUAGUGGACCUCAGCAUCCCAGAGGCGGACGGGCUGCGGCUGCUGCUGGCAGAGCUGUCCCAGAGGUUGGAGCGCGGCGAGCGCCUGUAUGUGCACUGCUGGGGCGGGCGGGGGCGGGCGGGCCUGGUGGGCGCCACCCUGCUGGCCCAGCUGUAUGGGCUGUCGGCGGAUGAGGCGUUGGAGCGGGUGCAGCGCUCCUUUGACACGCGCCAGGACGGCGGGCGCCGCUCUCCAGAAACCGAUGAGCAGCAUGCCUUUGUGCGGGCUUUUGUGGAGGGCAGCGCCUGGAGACCUUGA